AUGGCCCACACUCUCCCCGACCUCCCCUACGCUUACGAUGGGCUCGAGCCCUUCAUCUCGAGGCAGAUCAUGGAGCUUCACCACAAGAAGCACCACCAGACAUACGUGAACGCCCUCAACGCCGCCGAGCAGGCUUACGCCAAGGCGUCCACCCCCAAGGAGCGCAUCGCGCUCCAGGCCGCCCUCAAGUUUAACGGUGGUGGUCACAUCAACCAUUCCCUCUUCUGGAAGAACCUCGCUCCUGCUAAGUCCGAGGGCAAGGGCAAUGGCGGUGCUAUUCAAGAUGGCCCUCUCAAGGACGCGAUCAUCAAGACAUUCGGCUCUGUCGACAACCUCAAGAAGGAGUUCAAUGCGACCACUGCUGCCAUCCAGGGCUCCGGCUGGGGCUGGCUCGGAUAUAACCCGUCGACCAAGGUUCUCGAGAUCACGACCACUGCCAACCAGGACCCGCUCCUUUCGCAUGUCCCCAUCAUUGGUGUCGAUAUCUGGGAGCACGCCUUCUACCUCCAGUACCUUAACGUAAAGGCUGACUACCUCAACGCUAUCUGGAACGUCAUCAACUUCGAGGAGGCCGAGAAGCGCUUCCUCGAGGCCACUGGCGGUGCUAAGCUCUGA